UUUCUGCCACUUUCCAUCUCUAUUUGGCAAAUUCGAUUUGUCCUUUCGCCUGACGAUUCGCUCUGCGGAGCCAAACGCAAUGGCGGCGAACUUCUGGACCUCUUCUCAUCACAAGCAGCUUGUUGAGCAGGACAAGAUCGACGUGGUGCACCCGAUCGACAAGGAAAGGGGUCUUACUCUGGAGGAGUUCAAGCUUAUCAAGAUCCAUAUGACGAACCAUAUAUGGAGACUUGCUCAACAAGUGAAAGUGAGGCAAAGGGUUAUAGCCACAGCAGUUACUUAUUUUAGACGUGUAUAUACAAGAAAAAGCUUGACUGAGUAUGAUCCUCGGUUUGUUGCUCCAACUUGCUUGUACUUGGCAUCAAAAGCAGAGGAAAGCACUGUGCAGGCUCGAAUGCUAGUUUUUUACAUUAAAAAAAUGUGUACUGAUGAGAAGUACCGUUGUGAAAUCAAAGAUAUUCUUGAGAUGGAAAUGAAAUUGCUCGAAGCCCUUGACUAUUAUUUGGUUGUUUUUCAUCCUUAUCGUCCAUUACUUCAGUUUUUACAGGAUGCUGGUAUGACAGAUCUCACUAAUAUCGCUUGGGGCCUUGUGAACGAUACUUACAAGAUGGACCUCAUCCUCAUCCAUCCGCCAUAUAUGAUUGCACUUGCCUGCAUGUACAUUGCGAGCGUGCUUAAAGAUAAAGAAACUACUGCAUGGUUUGAGGAGCUACGUGUUGACAUGAAUGUUGUCAAGAACAUUGCAAUAGAGAUUUUGGACUUCUACGAUUUCUACAGGGUUGAGGCCUUCAAAGGCAUGGCUGAAUCCUUCAAAGGAAUCUCAGAUGAGAAGAUUAAUGCCGCUUUGCAGAAGUUGACUCCCAAGCCAUGAUCCUUCUCGUCUGUCGAAUUCCUCGUACAAAAUGCAUUCUCAGUUGGCCCAAUUUGCACCAGGGGUAUCAUUACAUGCUAAUAAAUCAACGGGUAAGGCUCUGCGAUGACGCCUAAUCCUUGUAACAGAUUGAAAGCUUAUUUCUUGAUGAGAUGAAGUGGUGGAUCAAUGAUCGGUCAGGAAAUUCGAUAUUGUGAUUAAGACUUUAAUAUGGUUAUGGUCGAUGAAUUUUAGAUGAUAGGUGGAGUAUGUGUAUGGAUUUCAGGAACCUAAAUUAACACGGUCGUUUUUGGCA